AUGCGUUCUCUUGAUCUCAACAUCUUUGCCGGUAUCCUUCUCUUCCUCGCUAGACUCCAUCUCGUAGCGACUGGCGCGGUUUUUAUUGAGCCCUAUGCUAAAAUUGUUCAAUUCCGAGCCACAGUAAUUGUACCCAAAGCACCAACAGUUCUCCAAGCCACUGGAAUCCAGUCAUUCUGGCCCGCAAUCGAGCCUGCAAACAGUAAUUCCAUCCUACAGAUUGUAUACGCCAAUGAAGGAGAAACCCUAGGACGAUGGUCGUUUUUCGAGUAUUUCCAACUUGGAAAUGCAUCUGCUAAAGGUGAAAGGAUUCAUGGGAAAAAUAUUAAUGUUUAUCCGGGAGAUCUGAUCUCGAAUGGUUUUAUCUCGAUGGAUUCAUCUGAGCAGUGGAGAGGUCUGACAAAGUCUUAUAAAUGGUUUGUCAAUUGGAUGGUUAGGAGAGGUGCGGAAGGAUUAGCGAAUGGGGAGAUAGAUUUUAUGGGCAACGUAACGGUAGAUCUUUCACCAUUUCCUAGCAUAGGAGAUUUCACACAAGCUAUCCUCGCAACUGAACUCAACCGCGCUGCAAAGUGGGAAAUGGGUCCUCUAGAUUGGAAAAACGUUCUGAUUCAAAUCGAAGGCACAAAUACCGAUUGGUGUAGUGUUGAUAAACUUAUUCUUAGCAAUGUUACUCUUAGUAACAUAGAAGCUGUUAGAGUGUUUCCGGCAAUUACAGGAAUGAUUUGCUUUUUUACGGGGUUUACUGUUUUGGAUUCGAUGGCUGCCUUUCAUGCGACCCUCCAAGUACCCUCCCCGCCAACAGCGCCACAAGGCCAUAGCCCAGAUUGGAAAAUUCAAGCAACAUGGGCAGGUAUGCAACCAACAGAUCAAAGUUGCGUUCUGCAAAAUGUUGUUGGGAAUGCGGGGGACGAGAUGGGGUGUUGGAGUCAUAUACCUAGUUUUUAUGACGGGGCGACGAAACCUAGUUGGACGGAGAUUUAUUUUGAGGAAAGACAACCGAAGGUAUAUCCAGGCGAUCAAAUAACAAGUCUCUGGACACUUGAUGAAAUCUCCAACGAAUGGCUCGAUACGUGGUCUGUCAUGCCCGGUCGAAUCGGCGCAUCAAAAGGAGAAGUACCAUAUGGUGGGAACUACACUUUCGAUGGCUCCAAAUUCGGCACGCUUCCAAUCUUCCAACUGUCCGUAAGUAGUACUAAUGCUCCAUCAGAACCCAAAGUCCCAGACAUGACAGAGGUUUUGCUCAUAAUUGAGCAUGUGGGAAUUGGCAAUGGCACCGAUCCUGGUUGGGGUUCCGGAGCGGUAACAUUCACAAAUAUUCUUAUUGAAUCGGUGUCGACAAAGGAUUGGUGUAACUUUGACAAUCCGGAAACUUGGCAUCCACAAAAUGUGAAGAUUCUGGAAGUAUCCACGCCUUUCAUUUCGACGGUUAGGAAUGGAAAGAAAACUUGUUAUAUUCCUUGGCUUGUUAUUGAUUCGAAUUAA